GCAGCCGAGCCAACCCCAAAGUCGAAGCGAGGAAAAACCGCCGAAGCCGAUGUAGCCGAGCCUGUCCCAAAGCUGAAGCGAGGAAGGGCACACUCAGACCUCUCAAAGCAUGACACCGAAGCUGUGCCAGCCAGGCGAAUCAUGCGCAAGAGUUCACCAGCCCCGCAGGCUUUGCCAAGCCCCCCCGAGCCGGCUGAGCCCGCACAGCCCAUUUCUGAUGAUUGGGACUGGGAUGCCGGUGAUGAUGAUGAAGAUGAUAUCUGGUGUGAAUAUGAGUUGUGGCGCCAGGGACUACCGCAGCUGAGUGAGUUGGAGGUCCGGGACUACCUUCCUGGCUUCUCAAGCCAAGCUUCGGUGUCAGCAGGCCAGCCACGCAUCCUCAAUGGUGUGACGGUCAAGACCCAGGCUGCUCCAGUGCCAAGGCCAUCGGGCGCGGCCAUGGGUGUCGAUAACCUUGGUGGCGAUGACUUUGCAGAGGAUGACCGGGUGAACUCGCGGAACAAAGUGCAACAUAUCAUUGCGACACAACUGGGGGAAAAGGAUGAACAAGCGCCGGAUUCCUUAGAGGAUACCUUGUAUUGGGUUGUCGUGCAAAGGAUCAAUCAGGAUCUUUCUGCAAACUGCAAGCCCGGCACUGCGUUCUUUGAUGCACCUAUUCCUGGAGCUGAUCCCGGCCUGCUCUCGAAGAAAGCCCCGGCGGCCACCCAGUCGGCACCGCUGAAAGCUGACGUCCUGAGGGCUCAUGAUCGGUUGAAAGACUCGAUGAGCCAGAUUGCAGCUAACGCGAGUUCGAAUGCAGGCAAGGAGAUCAAAAAGAACAUCAACUCCAUCAACGACCUCCUCAUGGACUUCGGCGAUGUUCAGAGCCUUCAGCUGUGCAAGGGCCAAGCAAAAGGCUACAUGAAGGAGCUGAGCAAACGUGCCCCGAAGUCUGCCCCGGCGAUGGCCGAUGUCCUCGAUCAGAAGCUGCUUGAGAUGGCUAUGGAUUCCGAUUAUUGGAUGGAUACAGCAGCAGGCCUCUACGAGAGGACAGCAGAUCUCGGCAAAUGCCGCACUGACUCGAAAGCCUCCCGCAACAUCAUGUACUCAUUAUUGGUGCAAAGCUACCUUACGCGGGGCAAGACGAAUGUAACACUUCAGACCCUGAAUUCGGCUAUUGUCGUGGACUUCAACAAGCUGAGCCAAGAAGGUGUGCAGGUGGGUGACGAGGUAUACUACUUCAUUCCCGUGGGAUUCAGAGGUGACCUGAAACAGAUGUGCCAGGAUGGCAACUUCGAACUGCCUUGGAAAGAAGAGCCUGCCUAUGCCAAACUUCCCUACUUCAAGCUAUCCAUGAUCAGGAUCGACUACAUGCACACAUUUCAUUUGGGUGUGGCUCGUGACCUUGUGGGUACAGCUCUGAAAAUCAUCGCCACCGGCAAGUACUGGUUUUCAGGGACAAAUAUCAAUGCGAGACUGAAACAAAUCGUUGCAGCUGUCAAGGUUUUUGCAAAACAAACAAAGCAACAGAUUUCGAUCAAAAAGCUCUCGAAGAACUCCCUGGGAUGGUCUGAGUGUCCUGAAUUCAAAGGCUCUGCAGCCGACAGUGCGUGGUUGGCGACAUUUCUUGUGGAAAGGCCGCCGCCGGCACCCCACGACGGCUUGGCGGCUGUUGUAUGGGUGGCCAAUCGUAUCUGCGAGUUUCUGUAUGGGUCUGGCUGCUAUUUAAGUGAUGAGGCCUGGGAGCAAGUUCGAGUGCUCGCGAAGAUUUUUUUCGAUGGAUAUACGCAGUUGGCAGUACGUGCGCAUGAGCAUGGACAGCUCAUGUACAAGAUGAG